AUGUUUCACUUUUUGAGGAACAACCAGGCUGUUUUCAAAGUGGCUGUACCAUUUUACAUCCCCAUCAGCCAGGCCAAGAAGGAAGGGAGAACAUUCACCACCACCACGUUUCAAAGGGAAUACAUUGCCAGCAUUUUGAAUACUUAUUUGGACAAACAUUUCUUCAAGGAGGACGCAGCCCUCUGCCCCCAUGUCGCCACCUUGGAAGGACUGACCAAAUCCGGCAGCCUGUGCCACUUCCCACCCACCAUGGGACCCGCGGGAAGCUUGCUGAGUGGGGGACAAAUGCAGAUCACCCUGUGGGGAAGCCUGGCAGCUGUGGCCACCUUCUUCCUCAUCACCUUCCUCAUCUUUCUGUGCUCCAGCUGUGACAGAGAAAAGAAGCCGAGACAGCACAGCGGAGACCAUGAGAACCUGAUGAACGUGCCUUCUGACAAGGAGAUGUUCAGCCGUUCAGUUACCAGCCUGGCCACAGACGCGCCUGCCAGCAGCGAACCGAACGGGGCACUCACCAACGGUGACAUUCUUUCAGAAGACAGCACCAUGACCCGCAUGCAGCAUUACGAGGAAGUCCAGACCUCAGCUUCAGAUCUGCUGGACUCCCAGGACAGCACAGGGAAGCCAAAAUGUCAUCAGAGCCGGGAGUUGCCCAGAAUCCCUCCUGAGAGUGAAGUGGACACGAUGGUCAAUGGAGAAAGCGUGGACGGGGACCAGGGUCUGGGGAUGGAGGGGCCGUAUGAAGUGCUCAAGGACAGUGCCUCACAAGAAAAUAUGGUGGAGGACUGCUUGUAUGAAACUGUGAAAGAAAUUAAGGAGGUGACGGCCACCGCCCACUCAGCUGGAGGCCACAGCAGCAGGUCGAAGUCAACUUCCACUGUGAAAGAGCUUCCGGGGCCCCAGGCCAGUGGCAAAACAGACUUUGCCGAAUAUGCCUCUGUGGACAGAAACAAGAAGUGUCGACAAAGUGCUAAUACAGAGAGUAUUCUUGGAAAUCCACGGGAUCCAGAAGAGGAGGCGCCACCCCCUGUCCCCAUUAAACUUCUGGAUGAAAAUGAAAACCUUCAGGAACAGGCAGAGAGUAAAGCGGGAGAAGAACGGGCCGCCGAGGGGACCAGUGAAAGCAACAAGAGAUUUAGUUCGUUGUCAUACAAGUCCCGGGAAGAAGACCCAACUCUCACAGAAGAAGAGAUCUCGGCAAUGUAUUCAUCAGUACAUAAAAAAGGACAGCCAGGGAACAAAUCAGGACAGUCACUUACAGUACCAGAGUCCACCUGUACCUCCAUCCAAGGAGCCGCUCCGAGGUCGCCCUCUUCCUGUAACGAUCUCUAUGCUACUCUUAAAGACUUGGAGAAAAUUCCCAACAGUGUCAGCACUCUUCCAGCAGCAGGGAGGCCCAGCGGCGAGGAGCCCGAACCAGAUUACGAAGCAAUACAGACUCUGAACAGAGAGGAAGAGAAGGCUGCCCCGGAGACCAACAGCCACCACGGCCUUUUCCCAAAGGAGAAUGACUACGAGAGCAUCGGGGACCUGCAGCAAUGCCGAGACAUCACCAGGCUCUAG